AUGUCUAAGGUAGAUUGGCAAUACCAAAUUUCAAUCUACAAUGAGGUUGAUGAUGUUGAUCCUAAAGAUACCGAGAGUAAGGCUCUAGAUAUCAACCUUGACGAUGUCAAAAGUAAGAGUGAUGUUGGUAGAGGAGUUAGUGAGGCUAGUAAAGAAGAGGUUAAUGAUGUUACCUUUGGUGGAGUCGAAGGUGAUGAUCAAAAUGAUGAUGAAGCCGACAUUAACAGGUAUAUUAUUUCAAAUUAUAAUUAG